CAUGUACACGAAAUCAAUAUAACGUUUCCGCUUAUCAUUCACAUUCAACCUAUCAGAAGGAGAAUCAAAGGAGAAAUCACGGAGUACUCACCGAAAAUCUUCACUAAAUUAGCAUUAUGAAGGUAAUCCAUUCCAAUGUUUAUUCGUCAACUCCCUAUUUAUUCCGAUUUGUUUAAGUCCUCUAUCUGGCAUCAGUGUGGUUCUGUUUUGUCUUUCAGUCCUCCUGUGUUUUCCUUCAAUUUACUCGUCAUGAAACUACAUUUGAUUCAAGUAUGCCUACCUUGCCCUAUAAAAAGACGACACCCUCCAGGGGAUCUAGAAUACGACUUGAUUAGAACCUGGAGAUGGCUAUACUCCUCUGAUGAGCCAAUUACUGUAGUUUGCAAAAGUUUUAGAAUAGUUAGGAAAGGUUUAGCCGGUGUUAUGAAGGAAGAAAUGACAGACGGGAAGACAAACAUUUGGAUUUGUAAUCAAUGGUUUAUUGAUUGAUGAUUGAUAAGUGGUUUUAUAGUUUGGUUAUUGUUUUCUUAUGUUUUAUACUCACUGUGCUUGGCACACCUAGGCUGCCAGGGGAUAAUGGUUUCGCAGGCCUUAAAUGUUCACUGACAAAUGUAGGUAAAAACGUACUUGGCUCUCACUCAGUGGUCAACUUGGUCUCUCCUUUGAUCAUACUAAUUUUUAAAUAUGGUAAUUUAAGUGUUUUUUUAUUUAGGUGAAAUUAAUUAUAUGUUGUAUUUUUUUAUGUUUAAAGGCGUAUUUGGGGACAAAACUUGAAUUUGAAGUGUAUAAUUUC